AUGGCGCGCUCCAAAACACUCCGCGCUCCAUCAACAGCCAGCCUCCCAAACAACCUUCGCAUCCCCUCGACAACCCCCUCGCUCACCAAAUCCCUCGGCAAACACUCCCGCCAAGCCCUCCUAGAUCUAGCCCUGACCUGGCUGGACGACCGCAACAUCACCUCCUUCCCUCCAUACCUGCAAUCCAACGCCCGAAAUGACACCAACGACGAAGAAACCCUCCCAUAUCCAGCCGCAGAAACAGUCGAAGACGUCCGCCAGGCCUACACAGAUCUCCAAGAUCGCAAAGGUGGAAAGCGCGAGGUCCUGGAAAGAAUACUAGAGGGCGACUGGCGUCAUGGGAUCACGCUGCGCCAACUCGCAAUGGCAGACCUACGCUACAUGGACGAUCACCCUUCCAGCUUGCGAUGGACAGCCCUGGAACUCAGUCGCAUCGAUGCUAGACAGAAGAAGCCAGUCGAUGGCCACCUACCGGAUUGGUCGGCCUGUAUCCCACGCACACAAGCGGCGACUUUCGUUAGAGCCCUCCAACAAGAAAUCUCCCCGCUAGUCAAAGCACACUUCCAUCUCUCCCGCUCAACAACCCUCCCCCUAACAUUCCUCCGCAUCUUCAUCCUCGACAGCCCCUACCAAGCACCCAGACAGUCUCCGCAGAUCUUCGCCGACUCCUCGCGCGUCAUUUACGUCGCCUUCCCGGACAGUUGUCCCUUCAUAUACACCUCCUUGUCCACAUCAACGGGCUCCAAGCCCGCGCCAUCCACGAGCUCGGUGGCCACCGACCCCCGGAGUUUACAGCGGUUGGUCCGCGACGCGGUUCCAAAGGCUCUUUCCCGUCCGCAUGAGCGGUACACGCUUAAAGCCACCGCGCUAGCGGCGAAGAAUUUGCCCACGUUACUUGCGCUGCGUGGUCCGGGGAGGACGACUGCGGCGAAUGGCGCUUUUAGUAUCUUUGCUGAUGCGGCGAUUGAGGGGAGUCCGUUGGAUCCGCGGCCGUCGAAUACGGUCUCGGCGGAGGAGUAUAUGUCUGGGGGUGUGAAUGGUUUGUCGAUGGAGGAUAAAGAGAAUCUGGAUCAGCCCAACGGUGUGAGUAAUACGUUGAAACGGCACACUGCCAGUGGUGACGGCGCCGGGGACGGUCAGGACGGCCCCCUUCUUUCUCCGACAUCCAAAAAACGACGACUCGUGACACACUCGCGAUUCGGUACAGCCGGCGGCUCGCAGGCCCCUGCACCCCUCGACCGCCUCGAUAUCAGACUUUUAGAUGUACCGUCUACCACCAACACGGCGGAUCCUACGACCACUGCAACUGCAUCCGCUACGCAACCUACAAUAUCGCUGACAUUCACGGGCUCCGACGUUAUUGGGGGAAUCCGCACACUCGCCGAGCUAGGCGUUAUCGAUCCCGAGCGAAUGCCGUCCUGGAUGACGGGCGAAGAAGGCGUUAGCAUGGCGGUUGUACGUGGCGGGAAGCGAUUGAAAAGCUCUGUCUGA